ACGUACUCUGUUCAGUCAGAAACGCAGAAACUGAAACAUUCAUUUCUAAACAUGUUUCCCACCACACACAGUAUACAUUAAGCAUACAGAAAACAGUGGGAUUUAUAAAACUGAGGAAUUAAGACUACACCAUGAGAUCUACCCAUAGUAAUGAUUUUGAAUAGUCUGAUGAACAGAGACACAACAUAGAUAAGCGCCUACUAAAGUUAUGAAGUCCCACAUAACAUCAAACUACAUAAUAUCUUUGAGGGGUUGAGAUGCCUUAUGCCUGUUUGGUUUGUGACAAUGAGACAGUGAAACUGCUUCAUCACUAUGGAGCUGAGGGGAAUAUAUGUAAUUCAUGCAGAAUAUUCUUUAAGAGGUCUGUGAGCCAGAAUCUGAAGUGGACAUGCAAAUCUGGAUUCCUUAAUUGCAAAAUUUCAAUCAAUGCCAGACUUUACUGCAAAACCUGUAGAUUUGCCAAAUGCAUUGAGGUUGGAAUGAAACCGGAGCAAGUAGACAAAACAAAAAAAGCAAUGCUGCUUAUUUUGCUGAACAGGAAAAGAAUUCUAAAAAAAGUGAAGAAUUGGUGACAUCUACAGUUACUCUCAAUGAUAAUAUAAUAGUAGAAAAAGUUUUUGAGGUUGAAUUGAUCCCGGAAAGUCAAGAUGUUACCCAGCCACUGUUCUUUGACCCCAAAAGAAUUUGGUUCUUAUGAAGCAAGCAUGUUUCAGCAGGAUCCCAAAAUGUUCCAAAUAACCAGAAACGACCAACUCAACCCAGAAGAUAUCCAUUUCUUCAGUGGCCUUGUGACCAGCUGGAGAAAGCUUCUGCUUAAAACUUACUUGGAUGGGAUGUCUCACCACACUGUGCAUGAAGAACUUGAACGGUAUCAUAGUCAAUCUCUUGAUACUCAAACACUUACAUUUGUUACAGCCUUAGAUUGUACUUUGGUUGAUGUAUCAGUUGACAAUAUCUUCAAAGCUUGCUUAACAGAUCUCUCAAGUCUCAAUCCCACAAUGCAAGCAAAGUUACGAACAUUGUACCAAUGCUUUGGUGUAUUUUAUUCAUCUGCUAAUGAAGGAAUAACAGUUCGUCAACUUUUAGCAACUUAUGGAUACAAUGUGGAGUCCUAUCCAUUCAGUGCAGUUGUUCCAGUUUACAUGCAAGACACGAAAAUGGUUAAUUACUUAAAAAGUGACAUGUUUAAGUCCCCAUGGGCUGAAAGUAUAGAAGUGGAAGAGUUCUUUAUGAAGACCUGUCAAACAUUGAAAACCUUUCUGGCCAAUCCUGUUCUGCAUCUUUGCUUUUUUAACCUAAUAUUAUGUAACUUAGCGGAUAAAUUUGGCAGCUCUCACAAUUUUCUUCCAGGAAAGCUGAAAACAAUCUUGUUCAAAGAAAUGUUGAUGAAGAGCCAAGACUCCAAUCUUGCCAAUCAUAGAUUCACCCAGCUAAUCUCAACAGUACAUGAUGUAGAAGAAUGUGCCAGGAUUCUAGAGAGAGCUACCCUCAUCAAAGAAACACAUAUUGAUCUACAGGAUAUUGAUGUUGUAAAUUUAGAGUGAUGGUUGAUUUGUUGAUGUGAAGAUUUAGAAUAUAAAAUAAGGGGAUAUUAACACAAAAUCAAAUAAACACUUUUUAAAAUUAA